UGAGAAGUCGUUCACGGUCCCGCCGCGGCGCCUCGGAGCCGCCAACCCCCUCGAGAAACAGUCCGUGAGCUGUUGUAACUCGUCUGCGCUCGGUGUUUUCAAAAAAGAAAAGAAAAAUCUUCUCUUAGUUGAGUUUCGAGUCGAAUCCAGUUUUUUUCUUUUUCUUUUCUUUUUAGAGCUCACCGUCCCGCGGAGGCAGCUCGGCGCUGGGCUCGCGACCUUAUGUGGAUUUUACACAAAGUAUGGAGCACAUCCCCGGUUUCUCCUCGGGCAAGACACUAGUCCUCGUCCUCUGCUUCGUCCACCUCUCUCUGGCUCUGCAAUGUAUGGAUGAUAAGGCGCCCUGUGUGAACAACGCCACGUGUCUGACCUUUACCAAUGGCACUGAAUACUGCAGGUGUGCACCUGGCUUCCUGGGUGAGUACUGCCAACACAAGGACCCAUGUGAACCCAGCUUCUGCCUGAAUGGAGGGAACUGCUCAGUGUCCAUGUUAGCUGGUGUACCUGUACCAGGCAGCGCCACCUGCACUUGCCCUCUCGGCUUCACCGGCCAGCACUGCCAAACUCCCCAGAACUCCACUUGUUACCCCAACAACCCCUGUGCCAACCAAGGCGUCUGCACCCUGCUGUCCCUCGACAAGUACAAGUGCGAGUGUGCCAGAGGAUGGACAGGACCACGGUGUGAGCAUGAAGACAGCUGUCUGUCCAGUCCCUGUGCCAACGGUGGAAAGUGCAGCUCUCCGUCUGCUGGUAGUUACACUUGCUCCUGCCCUCCUGGCUACACAGGUCCCCGCUGCCUUAAUGACACAAAUGAAUGUGCCGCCACGCCCUCUUUGUGCCAAAAUGAAGGCGUUUGCUUCAACACCCCUGGCUCCUAUGAGUGUACCUGUGCCCCGGGGUUUACGGGCCGACAUUGUGAAAGCUCAUACAUCCCUUGCUCUCCUUCGCCGUGCUUAAAUGGAGGCACCUGCCACCAGAACUCUGAAACCAGCUACUCUUGCCACUGCCUUCCAGGUUUCAAUGGGACCAACUGUGAGAACAACAUUGAUGACUGCCCAGGCCAUCAGUGUGCCAAUGGAGGAACCUGUAUGGACGGAGUCAACACCUACAACUGUCAGUGCCCCCCAGAGUGGACUGGCCAGCACUGCACAGAAGAUGUGGACGAGUGUCGUCUGCAGCCAAACACUUGCCAGAACGGAGGCACAUGCAGCAACCUGAUCGGUAGCUACGUCUGCGUGUGCGUUAACGGCUGGAGUGGCCCCGACUGCUCUGAAAACAUCGAUGACUGUGCUACAGCUGCUUGCAGCCAUGGCUCCACAUGCAUCGACCGCGUUGCCUCUUUCAUCUGUGUCUGCCCUCAUGGAAAGACAGGUUUGCUGUGCCAUAGAGACGACGCGUGUAUCAGUAAUCCCUGUAGAGAGGGCUCUCAGUGUGACACCAACCCCAUCAGUGGCAUGUUCAACUGUAACUGCCCACCCGGUUAUGUUGGCAGCACGUGCAACAUCGACAGAGACGAAUGCAGCAUUGGUACCAACCCUUGCGAGCACGGAGGUCUGUGUGUGAACACUGAUGGCUCCUUCACCUGUAACUGUGUUAGGGGCUACGCUGGGCCUCGCUGCGAACAAGAUGUUAACGAGUGUGCUUCGAGCCCCUGCCAGAACGAUGGCACAUGUCUGGAUCGCAUCGGGGACUACACCUGCAUCUGCAUGCCUGGAUUUGAGGGGACUCAUUGUGAGAUAGAGGUGGACGAGUGUCUCAGCUCCCCCUGUUUGAACCAGGGUAAAUGUCUGGACCAGGUCAGCCGCUUUGUCUGCGAGUGCCCAGCAGGCUUCAGUGGUGAAAUGUGCCAGAUAGACAUCGAUGAGUGCUCCAGCACACCCUGUUUAAAUGGGGCCAAGUGUAUUGACCGACCCAAUGGAUAUGACUGUGAAUGUGCAGAAGGAUUCACUGGCCUACUUUGUGAGGAGAACAUCAAUGACUGCGUACCAGAGCCAUGCCACCACGGUGUGUGUAAAGAUGGCAUCGCCACCUUCUCCUGUGAGUGCUAUCCUGGAUACACGGGCUCCAUCUGUAAUAUUCAGGUCCAAGAGUGCCACAGCAACCCUUGUCAGAACCGAGGACGCUGCAUCGACCUGGUCAACGCUUACCAAUGUAACUGCCCACCAGGAACCACAGGGGUAAACUGUGAGAUCAAUGAAGAUGACUGUGCCAGUAAUCCCUGUGAGUACGGAGAGUGCCAUGAUGGCAUCAACGAGUACAAAUGUGUGUGCGCCCCAGGAUACACAGGAGUUAAAUGCGAUGUGGAGAUCAACGAGUGUAACUCUAAUCCAUGUAUGAGUGGGGGAACCUGCAUGGACAAGGUGAACGGGUUCCACUGCCUGUGCCCACCCAGCACCCACGGCCCUCUGUGCCUCUCCGGGACAGACCACUGUGCUCCUCAGCCUUGUGUGCAUGGAGAAUGUAUUGAACAGCAACACGGGUACCGCUGUGAGUGUGAAGCUGGAUGGGUGGGACAGCACUGUGAGCAGGAAAAGGAUGAGUGCCAGCCCAGCCCAUGCCAAAAUGAUGGCACAUGUUUGGACCGACAUAAUGGCUACACCUGCCUAUGCCAACCUGGAUUCAGAGGUGUGAACUGUGAGAAGAACAUUGAUGAAUGCGCAUCGGGGCCCUGUCUAAACCAUGGCUUCUGUAUAGAUGGAGUCAACAGUUACACCUGCCAAUGUAGUCCGCCAUUCACGGGUAAACACUGUGAAGUGGAACAAGUUCCCUGUGCCUCCCAUCCAUGUGAGAAGGGAGGAGUGUGUCAUCCAUCUGCAGACUACACCUCUUACACCUGCCGGUGUCCCACUGGUUGGCAAGGUCAACGCUGCAGUGAGGAUGUGAAUGAAUGCAAAAAGAAUCCUUGCAAAAAUGGUGGCCGUUGCAUGAACAGCCCAGGCAGCUACACAUGUAAAUGUCAACCUGGAUACAGCGGACACAACUGUCAGACAGACAUUGACGACUGCUCACCCAACCCAUGCCUGAAUGGAGGUUCUUGUUUGGAUGAUGUUGGGAGUUUCUCUUGUGACUGCCGUGCUGGUUUUGAAGGGGAGCGCUGUGAGACUGAGGUAGAUGAGUGCGCCAGCCAGCCCUGCAGAAACGGGGCCAUCUGCCGGGACUACGUCAACAGCUUUGUGUGCAAGUGCCGACCGGGCUUUGAUGGAAUCCUGUGUGAACACAACAUCCCUGAAUGUACUGAGAGCUCCUGCUUGAAUAAUGGAACUUGCAUUGAUGACAUCAACACCUUCUCUUGUCGCUGCCGUCCUGGUUUUUACGGGACUUUCUGUGAGUAUGAGCAGAACGAGUGCGACUCCCAGCCCUGUAAGAAUGGAGGAACCUGCACCGACGGCCUGGGCACCUAUCGUUGCACCUGCCCAAUGGGACACAAUGGACAGAACUGUCAGAACCUAGUCAACCUGUGCAGCCAGGUGCGCUGUCACAAUGGUGGCGUCUGCUCUCAGACAACAACGUCCUGGACAUGCCACUGUCCAGUGCGAUGGACAGGACUUUACUGUGACGUCCCCAACCUGUCCUGUCUGGACUUUGCUGCCACGAAAGGUGUGGAAGUGGAGAAUGUGUGCAAGAACGCUGGGCGAUGUGUGAAUGUUGGUUACUCACACCAGUGUCAGUGCCAGCCAGGAUACAUGGGCAGCUACUGUGAAGAAAUGGUCGAUGAGUGCCAGUCUAACCCGUGUCGCAACGGAGCUACAUGCAAGGACUAUCAGGGCACAUACGAGUGUAUAUGUAAACCAGGGUACCAGGGGGUGAACUGUGAGUAUGAUGUGGAUGAAUGCCACUCCAAGCCCUGCCUCCACGGAGGAACCUGUAUCAACCUUAUAAACCGCUUCACAUGCGCCUGCCCACCUGGAACACAUGGGCUCCAGUGUGAGGUGAAUGUGGAUGACUGUGCGCCCAAGCCUGGCUCCUGGGAGCCUCGCUGUCGGAAUGGAGGACAGUGCGUGGACGGCGUCGGCCGUUACACAUGCUCCUGCCCUCCGGGAUUCGUUGGCGAACACUGUGAGGGCGAUCUGAAUGAAUGCCUCUCCGGGCCCUGCCACGCUCCCGGCAGCCUCGACUGUGUGCAGCUGGUCAACAAUUACCAGUGUCGCUGUCGCCACGGAUACACAGGUCGUCAUUGUGAGUCCAUGGUGGAUCUGUGUCUGUCUAAGCCGUGUCACAACGGUGGUUUCUGCUCCAUGAACAUGAGCUCAGUACAUGGCUACGCCUGCUCCUGUGCUUCAGGCUUUGCUGGGUUCAAUUGUGAAAUAGAAAAAGAAGGCCUCUGUGCAAAGCUUAAUUGCCUCAACGGUGGGCGCUGUGUGGAGUCACCGGCCGGCAACUCGUACUGCCAUUGCCAGCACGGAUUCACUGGGCAACACUGUGAGAAUGAACAGAGGUGUCAAUGGGUCUGCCAAAAUGGAGGAACCUGCAUCAAAGACCCAUCCAACCCAAACCAGUACAGCUGCCGUUGUCCCAUGCAAUUCUUUGGGCGAUACUGUGAGUACAAACUACCUGAAUCACGCACCCCAACCUGCCCCUAUCCGCAGUGUGAGCUGCAGUCAGGGGACCGAGUGUGUGAUGAAAAGUGUAACAACCAUGAAUGCAAGUGGGAUGGAGGUGACUGCUCGCUCAACUGGCAACAGCCUUGGGUUAACUGCACUGCCAGUGUCCCCUGCUGGGAUCUCUUUAAGAACGGACGCUGUGACAAGGAGUGCGACAAUGCUGGCUGCCUCUUUGACAGCUUUGAGUGCCAGGAUACCACAGUGACCCCUUGCAAGUAUGACAAGUACUGCGCCGACCACUACCACAAUGGGAUCUGUGACCAGAGCUGCUACACGGAGGCUUGUGGCUGGGACGGCCUGGACUGCUCUGCUGACAUUCCAGCCAAAUCAGCAGAUGGCAUAUUGAUCAUCGUGGUCCGGCUGCAACCUGAGGAGCUGCUUGGAGACCUAACUGGCUUCUUGCGUGCUUUGGGUGCCCUGUUGCACACCAACCUGCACGUGAAGCGAGAUAAAAAUAAUAGGCCAAUGGUGUACCCUUACUAUAGGGAGGAGGAGGAGCUUGGACGACUCGCACAGAAAAGCAGAAACAAACGGGAGCUAGAGAGGGAGGUUAUUGGCUCCAAGGUGCAUCUACAGAUCGACAACCGUGAAUGUUCCCAGAGCUCUGUCGAUUGUUUCUCCAACACUAAUGAGGCUGCGUCCUUCAUUGCAGCAGCACACAUCAAGGCUGAACUGCCUUACCCACUAGUGUCAGUUGACAGUGACCCGACCGUGCAUUCUGAGACACCACUUUUGAUGUACAUGAUUGGAGUGGCAGUAGUUAUCAUUCUGCUCAUCCUGGUGCUGGGGAUGCUAGCAGCCAAGAGGAAGCAUAAACAUGGCGUCCUGUGGCUGCCCGAUGGCUUCUUGGCCAAUAAAAAUGACAAGAGAAGAGAGCCUGUCGGACAAGAUGACUUUGACAUGAAGAAUUUCAAGACCCAGGAUGGAGCCAUGAUCGAUGGAGGUCAGAGUCAGAGGUGGCUGGAAGACGAGGUUCCCUCUAAGAAACCAAGAACUGAAGAUAAACCUCUGCUGCCCAUCAAUAUGGAUGGAAGCAUUGAUCGAAGGGAGUGGACUGUGCAGCACCGCAAGGCUGCUGACAUAUCGCUCACUCCCCCACAGGCAGACCUGGAUGCCGACUGUCUGGAUGUUAAUGUCAAGGGACCUGACGGCUUCACUCCGCUGAUGUUGGCAUCGCUGCGUAACGGUGGGGGCCCAGACUGCAGCCUGCUUGGAGAAGAGGAGGAGGAGAGUGGAGGGGAUGAACCAGGGCCAAGUGUCAUUUCAGACCUGAUAGCUCAGGGUGCUUCGCUGAUGGCCCAGACCGACCGCACAGGAGAAACAGCGCUCCACCUGGCGGCUCGCUACGCCAGAGCCGAUGCUGCCAAGAGACUGCUGGACGCUGGAGCUGAUCCCAACGCCCAUGACAACAUGGGCAGAACUCCUCUGCAUGCUGCUGUGGCGGCUGAUGCCCAGGGAGUCUUCCAGAUUCUGAUCCGUAAUCGUGCAACAGAACUGGAUUCCCGGAUGAAUGACGGCACUACUCCCCUGAUCCUGGCUGUCAGGCUCCCCGUUGAGGGCAUGGUGGAAGAGCUGAUCCACUGCCACGCCGACAUCAAUGCUGUCGACGACCACGGCAAAUCCGCUCUGCACUGGGCAGCUGCAGUGAAUAACGUGGAGGCCACUCUGGUGCUUCUGAAGAACGGAGCCAACCGUGACAUGCAAGACAAUAAGGAGGAGACUCCACUCUUUCUGGCAGCCAGAGAAGGCAGCUUCGAGGCAGCUCAGGUUCUCCUUGACCACUACUCCAACCGGGACAUCACUGAUCACCUGGAUCGUCUACCCCGAGACACGGCUCAAGAACGGAUGCAUCACGAUAUAGUGCGCCUACUUGACCAGUACAAUUUGGUUCACAGUCCACACAACGGGCCCAACCACAUGGGUGGAGGGAACUCUGUUAUGUGUGGUGCCAAUGGAGCAGGCUUCAUCGGCAUGCGACCAGGACCACAGGGGAAGAAGAGCCGGAGGGGCGGGGGCGGUGCGAAGGUGGGAGGCGUUGGCGGGGGAGCUAAGGAGUUGAAAGACAUGAAGGCGAAGAGAAGAAAGAAGCCUGCUGGAGGUGAGGGGCCGGGUGUGGGUGCUGGAGCGGGAGGAGGAAGUGGGGGAGGUAACGGAGGAGGGAGUGCGAAUGGUGUCAAGGCAGCGGGUGGACUUCCAGAGAGCUCUGUCACCAUGUCACCUGUCGACUCCCUGGAAUCCCCACACUCAUACACGGGCGACGUGUCUGGCGCUGUCUCCACAACCUCAAACUCCCCUCCUCUCCUGAGCAGCCCCACGUCCAGACCAAUGUUACCCCCCGUCAGCCACAUGCUGGGACAGCAGCAGAGCUGGGUGGGCAUGACCAAGCACGGCUAUGGCGGCCACAUGUUUGGUCUCGUACCACACCAGAUGGGGGGAUCUCACCCGGGUAUGGGUCAACACCACGGCCAGGGUCCGAUGCUGACCCCCAUGAAUGUCACCAUGAGCAGAGAGCAGCUGCCGCCCAUUGUCACCUUCCAGAUGAUGGCUCCCGGAGGUGGCCAGGCUAUGCUCAAGCAGCAACAGCAGGGGCAGGUACAAGUCACACAGUCCCAGGGUCAGAACCAGAGUCAGGGUCGCCCCCAGCAGGCGCCAGGCCACAUCCACUGCAGCCAGGGUAUGAUGUACCAGAUGCCUGAGCAGAUGAGCAUGACGCAGGGGCUCUCCCACAGCCUGCAGCACCCUCACACUGUCGGCCACGGGGGAAUUGAAGGCCAGUCUCGACCGCUGCCCUCCUAUCCGCCCAUGCAGAGCCCUGUGGAUAAAUACCCCACACCCCCCUCCCAGCACAGCUACGCCACCGCUGGCUCAGAGGGAACCACCCCCGGCCACUCGGCCCACCCACCCAGCGAGCACCCAUAUCUCACCCCUUCACCAGAAUCCCCCGACCCUUGGUCAUCCUCUUCGCCGCACUCCAACUCAGACUGGUCUGACGUCACCACCAGCCCCACCCCUCUGGGGAACCCCCACCACGCACUGCCAUCAUCGCGCCACACACACAUUCCAGAGCAGGUGCAGCCGCAGCCGCAGCCGCAGUCGCAACAGAUGCAGCAGGCCUCUCAACAGCCUCAGCUCGGAAAUAUGCAGGUGUUUGCGUAGGCCGGCCGGAGGAAAGGACUUUAGGAUUCUCUGUAGUUAAAGUAACAACACAUAAUAAGUCAGUCCGUGCUUUUCUCACCUCUUUUGUUAAUUCUAUUUGUACGUUCUUCAUUCUUUUAUUAUCGGUCACCUCCCCUUUAUUGUCUUCUUCUCCUCUUUGCACUUAAGAAAACUGUAUAUAGUUUCUAAAACAUCAUUGAGUAUUAUCAGCUAGAUAUCAAAAGUUCUCAAUACCAAAAAUUUUGAGUUGGCUGUCUUGUCAUCAGCUAAAAAUAAUUUUUUGUCCCAGUGUAUUUCCUUCAAUCGCAGCCGAGCAUCCUCUGCUCUCUGUGAGCUGAGUCUGGACUGUUGGGGCUCUGGCACCAAACUGUUUAUUGAGCAAUCAUCAAGGAUGUAGUGCAUCAGAGAGACAGACUGUUGAGAUGGACUGCAGACGUUCUGCUUUCAUAUUGUCUGUUUCUGAGGACAUGGUUAUUUCUGCUAUCAUGUUGUCUGAUGUCAUGUGAUGUUUAAUGUAAUGAGCCUGCCAAUACUAACUCCUUUUUUAAAUCAUUCACUCAUAUUUUUUUAAUACAAUGGGUCACGUUAAGUUGAGUUCAUUAAGUUAAGCUUUUAUUCUCAAAGCAAAACUAAUUAGUUUAAGCCUUAUUGUUUUUUUAUUCCUGCAUUUUUUUUUACUGUGCCAAAGGGCAACUUUUAUAAAAGGCUGUUGCAUGAUGAGACAGACAAACAGAGAAAGUGACAGAGUAGAAAGACGCAUCUUUUUACUGACCACAGUGAGUUUGUCAUAUAUUUUGGAGGCAGUUACUGUUACAGAAACACACGAGUUGAUUUGAAAACUAAAUGAGAGUUUGUCACAUAUGGCAUUACUUACGUCAAUGUACUUCCUGGAGAUUCAUUCAGAAGCUUGACAGACUUUUGGCAAAUAAACAAACAUUUUCCAAAAUAUAUAUUAGCUUUGCCACAUUCAUUGGUACUGUGUAGUUUGUUGUAUGAUGAAAUGUACAUAAACUGUUAUUUCUGUCUGGUUCUUUUUUUAUAUAUGAAUAUUGUUCGCACAUCUUGAAUGAUUCUGAAUGUUAUAGAAGUGCAUGUUUUAAACUUUAAACUGCCUCUUUUCUAAAUAGUUUCUCUGCCAAAAUCAUUUAACCAGUUAAUGACUUUUGCUUAACUACAAUCAGUGUAUCCCUGCACCUUCUUAAAUUGUCAUGAUUCAUAAAACAAAGUCUGGAGGUGAGUAAGGUUACAUGUACGUUUUUUGUUAAUCUUCCUUCUUAAAGUUGAUGUUGAGCAAAGCCAUGUGUGACUGCUCUGUAAACACAGACAAUCGUUCAUUGUUUAACUUUUGAAACUUCAGUGUCUCUAAGACCAAAUUUUCUUCUUCUUUUUUUUUUUUUUGGAUUCAGCCAAAAAUGUUUUUCUAAUCCAAAUUUCUGACAGUUGCUUGUUUGUGUGUGCAGAAGUCUGGCAAUCUGUUUCCUUUGUUUUGAAUGGCUACUGUCAAGCAUCAGAAUAAACAAACAAAUCAAUAAUCUAAUAUUUCCAGUGUCUGAGAUGUCAGUCAACAAUUUUUUUUACACAAGAAUUGCGCAUUUCUGUUCCCGUACAUAUGCAAGGCUGUGUCUAUUUUCUGUAUAUAAAAUGUUUUUUUUAUUGUACUUUCCUCUGUUAACCAAAUAGCCUAUAAUAUACAUGCCAUAUGAAGUAGUUGUCACCAUGUUUGUAUAAGGUAGAAGACUAAAACUGAUAAAAUAAGUUGUCUGUUGAAAAAAAAACAAAUGAUCAACCAAAAAAUGUGCUUACUGAAAUAAAGCCCAGAUCAUCAUA